GCCCUGUCCUCCCAGUUUGGUAGGAGCGCACCUGUGUGUCAGCUUGUGCAGCUCCUGGAUUCACACUGCCUGGGAGUCAAGGUCAGCCCUUCGCUGCUAAGGAACCACACAGGGCUUGUCUGCUCUGACCUUGCAGCCCGCUGUAGCGGUCGGGGAAGUGAGUGAGUGGCCCAGUGGCCCCUGCGACACGGCCAGCAAGAUCCUUAUCCUUCCCGGCUGGGGCGAGGGACAGGGCGUGGAGGGGCAGGAUCUUUCCGGGUAGGAUCGGCAGGGGAAAGACCAAUGUCUGUGUGACCCUCCUGGGGACCAAACUGUCUGUUGCUCUAUAAAUAAACGUCUCACUGCCUUUUGCGAGCGCUAUAAAGACGGCGAGACGGCUGUCCUGGGUCAUUCCGGGCGAGGCGCGAGCACACGCAGGUCAUGGCCGCGCCGGGCAACAGGUCGGAGCCGCCGCAGCAGCUUCCCGAGUACAACUGCAGCUACGUGGUGUCGCGCCCGGUCUACAGCGAACUCGCCUUCCAGCAGAAGCACGAGCGGCGCCUGCAGGAGCGCAAGACUCUGCGAGAGAGUCUGGCCAAGAGCUGCAGCUGUUCAAGAAAGAGAGCCUUUGGUGUGCUGAAGGCUCUCCUGCCCAUCCUCGAGUGGCUCCCCAAAUACCGAGUAAAGGAAUGGCUGCUUAGUGACAUCAUUUCCGGUGUCAGUACUGGGCUGGUGGGCACGCUGCAAGGAAUGGCGUACGCCCUCCUCGCUGCAGUUCCUCUUGGAUAUGGUCUCUACUCUGCUUUUUUCCCAAUCCUGACGUACUUUAUUUUUGGAACAUCAAGACACAUCUCAGUUGGACCUUUCCCCGUGGUCAGUUUAAUGGUGGGAUCUGUUGUUCUGAACAUGGCCCCUGAUGAACACUUCCUCAUACCCGGUAAUGGGACCACAUCAAACACCACUGUCGUAGACUCUGUCGCUAGAGAUGCCGAACGUGUGUUGGUUGCCAGCGCCCUCUCUCUUUUGGUUGGAAUCAUCCAGUUGAUAUUGGGAGGUCUGCAGAUUGGAUUCAUUGUGAGGUACUUGGCGGAUCCUCUGGUUGGUGGAUUCACAACAGCUGCUGCCUUCCAAGUGCUGGUCUCACAGGUGAAGAUCGUCCUCAAUGUUUCGACCAAAAACUACAAUGGAGUGCUCUCCAUCAUCUAUACUCUGAUUGAAAUUUUUCAAAAUAUUCGUGAUACCAAUAUCGCAGAUUUAAUUGCUGGAUUACUCACCAUUGUUAUCUGUAUGGCAGUGAAGGAGAUAAACGAUCGAUUUAAACACAAAAUUCCAGUCCCAAUUCCUAUAGAAGUAAUUGUGACAAUAAUUGCCACUGCCAUUUCCUAUGGAGCCAACUUAGAAAAAAAUUACAAUGCUGGCAUUGUUAAAUCGAUCCCCAGGGGGUUCUUGCCUCCUUCCCUUCCACCCGUAAGCCUGUUUUCAAAGAUGCUGGCGGAGUCGUUUUCCAUCGCUGUGGUGGCUUAUGCAAUCGCAGUGUCUGUAGGGAAGGUGUAUGCCACCAAGUACGACUACACCAUCGACGGGAACCAGGAGUUCAUUGCUUUUGGGAUCAGCAACAUCUUCUCUGGCUGCUUCUCCUGCUUUGUGGCCACCACUGCCCUGUCACGCACAGCUGUCCAGGAGAGUACCGGGGGAAAGACACAGGUCGCUGGCAUCAUAUCGGCUGGGAUUGUGAUGAUCGCCAUUGUUGCCCUGGGGAAGCUUCUGGAACCCUUGCAGAAGUCGGUCUUGGCAGCUGUUGUCAUUGCCAACCUGAAAGGGAUGUUUAUGCAGGUGUGUGACGUUCCUCGUCUGUGGAGGCAGAAUAAGGUCGAUGCUGUUAUCUGGGUAUUUACGUGUGUAGUGUCCAUUAUUCUGGGGCUGGACCUUGGUUUACUGGCUGGCCUGGUAUUUGCACUGUUCACCGUGGUCCUGAGAGUUCAGUUCCCUUCAUGGAAUAGUCUUGGAAGCAUCCCUAGCACAGACAUCUACAAAAGUACCAAGGAUUACAAAAACAUUGAAGAACCUGAAGGAGUGAAGAUUCUUAGAUAUUCUAGUCCUAUUUUUUAUGCCAAUGUCGAUGGUUUUAAAAAAUGCAUCAAGUCCACAGUUGGAUUUGACGCCAUUCGAGUAUAUAAUAAGAGACUGAAAGCGCUGAGGAGAAUACAGAAACUCAUCAAAAAAGGACAAUUAAGGGCAACAAAGAAUGGUAUCAUAAGUGAUGCUGGUUCACCCAAUGCUGCUUUCGAGACAGAUGAAGAUAUUGAAGAUUUGGAAGAACUUGAUGUCCCAACCAAGGAGAUUGAGAUUCAAGUGGAUUGGAACUCUGAGCUUCCAGUCAAAGUGAAUGUUCCCAAAGUGCCAAUCCACAGCCUCGUGCUUGACUGUGGAGCUAUCUCUUUCCUGGACGUUGUGGGAGUGAGGUCAUUGCGAGUGAUUGUCAAAGAAUUCCAAAGAAUUAAUGUGAAUGUAUACUUUGCAUCACUUCAAGAUCACGUGAUGGAAAAGCUGGAGCACUGUGGCUUCUUUGAUGACCAUCACAGGAAGGACACCUUCUUUUUGACUGUCCACGACGCUAUCCUCUAUCUGCAGAACCAGGUGAAAUCCACAAAGGGUGAAGACUCCAUUCUAGAAACGAUCAAUCUCAUCCAAGACUGUAAAGACCCUCUUGAGUUAAUGGACGCAGAACUGGCUGAAGAAGAACUCGAUGUCCAGGAUGAGGCUAUGCGUAGACUUGCCUCCUGAAAACAGGUCCAGGAGAUCUGAUCAGAAGGACUCCAAGACAGAACGCACCUACCAAUGUCAUUCCACGCCAGCAUUUCUGCCUUGAUUAUUUAUUUGGCCUUGAAACACUCAUCCUUUUUCUAUUACAUUUUUUAAAAUGUUGAUUUUUUUUUUAAAGUUAGUCAUUGAAAGACUGUCUUCCAUAGAAACGAUCCUUGUAUGGAGGUAUAUAAAGGUAUGGUCUAAAAAUCUAACAUGAAAAUUGCGUUGCUUUUAGAAAAAAAAAAUCUGUUAUCAUGGUGAUUAAAAUGACUUGAUAUUUUUGUCCAAAAUUUUAACAGCAUGUAAAAUAAGUAAUCUCUAACUGAAUUCUGACUACUUUUCAAAAUUAAUCUAAAAAGUGAAGUACCUAAAGUUAUCUAUAUUUAAAAAUCGGGUUUCAAAGAUAAAGCAGAAUGGUUUGAAAUACAUACAUUGGAAAUUUAAAAAAAAUUCAUAUUCUACCCCAGAAGAUUUUAUUUUACAUCUUUUUUUAAUUUUAUUUUUACUUAAACUUUUCUUAGUGCCAAUAAUUUUAGAGUUAUAUACAGGCUUUGGUCAUGUGGACCACUCCUAUAUGUUUCGUAUUGGAGUGAAUGAAGUUGCACUUCAUUUCUAAAGACAAAAACAAAACAAAACAAAACACAAUUUAAGCCCUCAACUGAAAUUACUGAGAAUAAUGCCAAUGUUCUUCACAUGUAAUGAAAAGGCAACGUGCACUUUUCCAUGCACUUUUUGAAGACCUCUUGUAUGUAUUUGAAGACCCCUUUGGACACAUAUCUGAAAGUCCCAAUGUGUUCAGCUGUUCAGAGGUAGCUUGUCUUAUCUCUGUUUUUCUUCUUAAAACAGUUAGAAGCUGUGUGUCCACUUCUGAAGGAAUACAGUCAUCUCAAACUGGUUGAUCCUGAAUUCAGAUUCUAUAUCUGGCCACAGCAUAACCAGGAUUAUUAUAACACUAUCUCAUUUUCACAGUUAGAACUGCUUAUCUUGGCACCAAGUCCUGUCUCUAGGGUGAAUGUCAUAGCCUUGCAGAAAAUAUAUGAAUACCUCUGUUCAAUAGAGGAAAUUUGCACUGCUCACUUUUUUUUUAAGGAAACACCAAAGUUAUAUUUUACACUAAAGCUAGAGUUUUCUAAAAAUCUUGAGUCUGUUUCUGACCAUCUAAGACCACAGUCUGAGAAUACGGUGUCUUCUAAGCAUUUUGUGAAAAGUACGCAGGCUUCUAAUUCUGUAUUAUCAAUGGAAAUUUUACUUGAAAUUAAAGCUAUCUUUUAUGUUUUUAACCUAUAUAAUGAGAUUCUAGUAUUGUAUAUGAAUUUAAUAACAAGUGGAAAAGAUCAAAUCAUGUAAAUUAGGAAAUAUGUACACACAUUUUUAAGUAAAUGUAACAUUGCUUUUUAAGCUAAUCAGAUGUGUUCUUUCUGAACAAAACUAUUAAAUAGAACCAAAAAAUGCUA